UUGUGAUUUUAGUGAAAGUAGGGGGGCCAUGUUUGCCAUUAUAAAGGAUGGCUUAAUUGGCCUCUAAAAACCCCUCUCACACCCACCUUCUUAAAGUGUGUGUGUGUGCGUGUGCGCGUGUGUGUGUGUGUGUUUUCUCCUCAAAACCACCUUCGCCUACCUCUCUCUCUCUCUCUCUCUCUCUCUCUCUCUCUCUCUCUCAACCAACACCCAUUUCUCCAUCUCUAGUGUAAUACAAGCACUCAUUCCAUCUCCUUCCCCUCUUUCUUGUGAACUUAACACUUCUAUAAAUGGCUUCAGGUGAAGCAGCAACAGAACCAUUACAAUAUAAGACUUUUGUGUUGAAGGUGUCCAUCCAUUGCCAGGGAUGCAAGAAGAAGGUGAAGAAGAUCCUCCAACACAUGGAAGGCGUGUACAAGUGCGACGUGGACGCGCUCCAGCACAAGGUGACGGUGACCGGGAACGUCGACCCCGGAACCCUAAUCCGCCGCCUCCACAGCUGCGGCAAGCAGGCCGAGCUCGUCCCCCCGGAGACGAAGCCGAGCGCCGCCGCCGCCCAAAGCCCUAGCAAGAAUAAGGAGCAAAACCAAGAUCCCGUUGCGCCAUUGGAGAGCUCGGAAACGAAGACCGCGACGAAGGGGAAGGCGAAGCCCAAGCCCUCCGGCGACGCCGCCGCUCCCGCCGCCCCGGAUCCCAAAGCUCCGGAGCCCAAGAAGGGUGGCGACUCAAAGAAGCAACAACCCGCGAAAGAGAGCUCGCAGAAACCCAACACCGCACCUCCCGAAACCCUAGCCGCCCCAGCCCCGCCCCCCGGCGCCGCGGCGGCGCAGGAAGAAGGGAAACCUAGCGGCGGCGCCGAGGCGAAGAAGGGGAAGAAGCCCCAGAAGGAGACUCCUCCCCCCUCCGCCGCCCCCGCCGCCGCCGCCGCUCCGCCGCCGCCUCCGCCGCAGCACCACCACGACGCCCUGUACUCCUACUCACCGUCGUACCCUCCGCCUCCGCCGCACGCGGCGCCGCCGUACGUGGUGAUGAGCUACCACCAGGCGCAGCCGAGCGCGAGCCACGCCUACUACUACGCGGCCGCGCCCGAGUCGCCGCCACCGUUGCCGUCACCGUCGUACGCCUACCUCUACGCGCCCUACCCUCCGCCGCCGUACUACGGCGGCGCCGGCUCCGCCGUGGCGACGCCGCACGAGUCGUACGACAUGUUCGACGACGAGAACGCGGAGUCGUGUAGUGUGAUGUGAGAAAAAGGAGUAAUAAUAAUAAUAAUAAUUAUUAUUUAUAUUAAUAUUAUAUAAUUAGGGGCUUAUGAGUAAUUAAUUGCAAAUGGGAGGGUUUUGUAUCUUCUUUUUCUUUUUUCUUUUUUCUUUUUCUUUUUCUUAAUCUUGUGUUUUAUGUACUCAGUGGUGAGUUUAAUUAAUCUCUUCUUAUAUAUUUAUAUAUUUGCAGUAGUAA